CCCACGGCCCACGUGGGGGUCGGGGGGGGGUGUGAGGAGGAGGAGGAGGAGGAAACGGAGGAGGAAGAGGACGAGGAAGGGGAUGAGGAAGAGGAAGAGGGGCUGCGGGCCGUGUUCCCCCGCGACCCCGAGCUCUUCGCCGAGUCCUUCCCGGCGCGGCGCCGGUUCCGCCUGUGCGGGCGCGUCCUGCGCAUCGCGGAGCUGCACGGGCCGGGGCUCGGCCCCGCCGGCAGCGUCUGGGAGGCGGCCCUGUCCCUGUGCCGGUUCCUGGGGAGCAGAGCCUGGACCUGGGGGGCGGCGGGUCCUGGAGCUGGGGGCGGGCACCGGCAUCGUGGGGAUCUUCGCUGCCAUGCUGGGGGCCGAGGUGACCCUCACGGACCGUCCCGCGGCGCUGCCGCAGCUGCGGGAGAACGUUCGGCUCAACUUCCCGGGGGGCUCCCUGGCCCGGGGUCGCGGGGGGGCCCCCGCGGGUGCGGGCGCUGCGCUGGGGGCGGGACCAGCGGCGCUUCCCCCCCAAAUUCCACCUGGUGCUCGGCUCCGACAUCGUGUACGACCCCCGCGCCUUCGCCCCCCUCCUAGCCACCCUCCGGCACAUCGUGACCCCCCCGGGCCGGGCCCUGCUCAGCGCCCGCCGCCGGGGGGGGGACGGGGGGACCCCCCUUUUCUUCGAGCGGAUGCUGCCCCCGUUUUUUGGGGUGCGGCUGCUGCGGAGGGACCCCCAGAGGGACAUCGAGAUCUACUGGCUGAGCCCCCGCCAGGGGGCGGGGGACCCCCAGGACACGGCGGGGGCGGGGGACUGGGGGCCCGGAGGGGCAAUAAACGGGCUCUGAGGGGUCUCAGCUGA